CAAUGUUUUUUAUUCUGCCUUUGGACAUUUAAAUCACAUCACAUUUUACAUUAUUGUUCAAUUGCCAGCUGGCUGUUGUUUGUGGGGAUACGACCAAAUAAUUGUGGACAAAACUUUGCUACUAGCAAUUUGAUACACAAUCGGCAUGUGUCUUUGUGUGUUGUGUGGUGUUGUCUGUAAUAUAAUAGCCUUUUUGGCCGACCGUCUGCUCUAUUCAAUUUCAUUCAUUCGAUUUUUUCAUUAUCAUCAUCAUCAUCAUCAUCAACAACAAAAUAUCGUGUGUUCGAAAUAAUAAUAAUCAAACAACAAAAAGCGUCUGUAUAUUUUCGUAUCUGAUUAAUUUUUCAUUAUUUACUUGAAAAUACAAUCGAAUCAUUGAUCAUCGAUGAUAUGUUAUAAUUUUGAGCAACCACCACCGCCAACAACAUCGUUAUCUGCCACCGAAUCAUCAGCGUCAACAACACAGCAGCUGUCUAGUGAAACGGUUAAUAAUACCGGAACGAUUCUUAUGAUUCGUAAACAUCGAACAACAACAUCAACAACGGCAACAGUGGCCACAAAUGAUAUGAAUUCAGCUGCUGCUUCUGCUAUGGUUGAGGAUGGUUUUUAUGAAUCAAAAUCAGCCGAUAUUGCUGUCGAUGGAUUAUCAUCAACAUCAUCAUCAUCAUCAUCAUCAUCAUCAUCAUCAUCAUCAUCAUCGUCUUCAUCGACAGCGGCAGCUGCAAUUGAGGAAUCAUCAUCAUCAUCUGCAUCAAGUGGUUGUGUUCCAAUGAUGAUGAUAACAACGACAACAAAUGCAGAAUCAAAUAUUCGUUUAAUAUCUUGUGAACAUAUCAUAACAUGGAAACAUCGAUUUAAUGGACAACAAUUAUAUAGGAAUCUAUAUCGAAUUCUGAUAUUGGCCAUCAAUAAACCAAGUAGAAAAUUUAAGGCAACAUUAUGGCGUUGUUUCGAUCGAUCAUGUCCAUCGACGCGCCUGCCAACAAGAAUACAUGUUUGCCUAUAUUGUCAGAUGAGUGCCUGUUUUACUCGCAAACAUAUCCAUCAACAUUGUCAAGAUACGAAUCAUAAUUUGGCGAUGGACAUUCAUUAUGGCUAUGUAUAUUGUUUUGAUUGUGAUAACUAUAUAUUUGAUGUAGAAUUAGAAUCGAUUGCAUCAAAAUUACGUAGGAAUGUUCUCAUCCGUAAUGUUGAUUUUCCAUAUCGCUGGGAACCGAAUGCUUAUGAUGAGGCUGUGUUCGAUACAUUAACCACCACACGACGAUUGAAUGUCCAUCGUGGUUAUAAUGGUCUUCGUGGCCUAAUCAACUUGGGUAGUACCUGUUUUAUGAAUUGUAUCGUACAAACAUUAGUCCAUACUGAACCAUUACGUGAUUAUUUUCUCGGUGAUCGACAUAUCUGUAUUCGUGAUUCAACCAAAUGUUUGGUUUGUGAAAUGUCACAAUUGGUCCAAGAGUUUUAUUCUGGUGAAAAGAAACCACAUGUUCCGGUCAAAUUGCUACAUCUAGUAUGGACGCAUGCUAAACAUCUGGCUGGCUAUGAACAACAGGAUGCACACGAAUUUUUCAUUUCAACAUUGAAUAUUCUACAUCGACAUUCAUCAGAAUCGAAUGAUGGUUCAUCAACCACCAGUAGUAGCAAUAAUUCAUCACAUAGUAAUAAUAAUAAUAAUAAUAACAACAAUAAGAAAUGUAAUUGUAUAAUUGAUAAAAUAUUCACCGGAAGUUUACAAUCGGAUCUCGUCUGUCAAAGUUGUGGUGGCGUUAGUUCGGUUGUCGAUCCAAUAUGGGAUUUUAGUCUUGAUCUGGUCAAUAAUGCUGGAAAUAUUGAAAAUCGAAUGUCAACAACAAUGACCAAAUCAUCAUCAUCGGCAACAGCAGCAGCAGCAGCAGCGAUUAAAACACAAUCAUUAUCAUUGCAUGAUUGUUUGGAAUUAUUCACACGUACUGAACAUUUAGGAAGUUCAGCCAAAAUUAAAUGUAACAAAUGUCAAAGUUAUCAAGAAUCAACUAAACAAUUAUCAUUGAAAACAUUACCCAUUGUCGUAUCGUUUCAUCUGAAACGAUUCGAGCAAACAAAUAAAUUGAAUAAGAAAAUCUCAACAUUUGUGUCGUUUCCAACAAUGAUCGAUAUGACACCGUUUACAACAUCAGAAAUUGGUCAUCAAGCACGGCGACAAAUGAUCAAUGUUCAAUCCAAUGAUGGUGAUAGUUCUGCUCCAGCUGCUGAUGAUGAUGAUGAUGAUGAUGAUGACGAUAAAGAUUGUAGGCCACCAUUGAAAAAAAUGCGAAAAGAUAAUAGUUAUUCACUGUUUGCCGUUAUUAAUCAUAGCGGCACACUUGAAACAGGCCAUUAUACGGUCUAUGUCCGAUGUAAUGGCCGUUGGUUUAAAUGUGAUGAUCAUUCAGUGACUAAAGCCACCGAAAAUGAUGUGCUCAAUAGUGAAGGAUAUCUACUUUUUUAUCAGAAAAAUCAUUAUGAAUUUGAAUAAUAUAAUUGUGAAAUGUGAUUAUUAGGGGGGAUACUACUCCCUCAUUCAUCUGGACCAACCAAUUUGUGAAACAAGUUGUGAUUAUCACCCACAUGCACAUGGUUUACUCAUCUACCUACAUUUCAUUGCACUCUACAUCCACCCACCCACCCACCAGAUUCUUUCUUCUUUUUUUUGGUUUCCUUUCUGAAUGAAUAAUUGGGUUCUUCAUCAUCUCUCCUUUGUUUUUGUU